AUUCUAAAAUUGUUUUUAGCGAAAACUGGUAUUUGAGAAAAAUUCGAUAAUGGUUCCUUAAAUAUUACAACAUUGAUUACUAAUAAUAUAUAUAUUUAUAUAUACAUAUAAAAUAUAAUUCAAAAAAUAUAUUAUAAAGAAUGUUUUCAGGUGAAAAACCAACAAAAAAACGAAUUACUGCAAGAAAAAGAGGAGAAAAAAGAGGUAUUUGCCUUUUUGUCCCUAGUACUUUGGCAGAAUUAACUCAGGUGUUAACAAAAAAGCUAAGUCUGAAAGUAGAUUCAUUAUAUACUGAAAGUGGAGGUUUAAUUGAUUCGAUAGAAUUAAUUAGAGACAAUGAUAUUGUUGAAGUUGAAAUUAACAACAAGGAGGAUAAACUCUCAAAUCUUCAAGAAACUACAAAAGCGGACAAUGACUGGAUAACUCUUAAUGUGGGUGGAGUUAAAUUCAUGACUACUAGGACAACAUUAGCAUCUCGCGAACCGGAAUCAAUGUUUGGCUGUAUGUUUCAACAUGAUAGGCCAUUUACGUGGAAAAGUACAACUGACGAUAGCAAUGCUUUUCUCAUUGAUAGGAGUCCAAAGUACUUUGAACCAAUUCUUAAUUACUUGAGACACGGUCAGUUAAUUUUUGAUGAUGGCCUUUCCAUCGAAGGUGUUCUAGAGGAAGCAAGAUUCUAUAAUAUUGUUAGUUUAGUUGAGAUUUUAGAAAAGAAAGUUCAAGAGGAAAGGAAAACUGAAUUUCAAAUUACCAGAGAACUCUUCUGUAAGAGACUUCUUGCUACGCAAUCAAAUGUGGAACUACGCUGUCAAGGCAUGAACUUUGAAGGAUGUGACUUAUCCAGAUUAGACUUAAAAAGAAUUAAUUUCCGUUACGCUAAUUUGAAAAAUUCAAAUCUAGAAGGAGCAAAUUUUGCAUUUUGUGAUAUGGAAAGAGCUAAUUUAUCAGGUGCCCAACUGGAUGGAGCUGCACUUAUGGGGGCCCGAAUGCUAUGUAUUAAUUUGGAAGGAGCAUGUAUGCGGGGUUGUAACCUAGAAGAACCGAAUGGCCAGAGAACCAACUUAGAAGGAGCCAAUUUGAAAGGAGUAAAUCUUUCGGGAAGUUCAUUGGCUGGCGCAAACCUGCGAGUAGCUAAAUUAAAAAAAGCCGAUUUAAGAAAUUGUGAUUUAAGAGGUGCAGUAUUAGCCGGAGCUGAUUUGGAGUCUUGCGAUCUAUCUGGAUGUGAUCUUCAGGAGGCAAAUUUGAGGGGAGCAAACUUGAAAGAUGCAAUAUUUGAAUUAAUGAUUAGUCCUCUGCACAUGAGUCAAGCCCUAUAAGAAUAUUUUUAUUGUCUUUUCAAUUAUUGGACUGUAUAUAUUUUUCCUUAUAGCAAGCUUACUCAACAAUUGAAGAAAUAAUUUCGCAUUUCUAUUUUUAAUAUUUUUCCUUGAAUGUAAUUUAUGAUGCACAAAUGAAUGAUAUAUGGUCUUAGGAUUUUUUGAUAUCUCUAUAAACUUUGUAAUUGUAUUUUAUUAAUAGAAAUACUCUGGCAGUUAUCGAAACGUUUCCAUCACCUAUAUGAGAUUAAAAUCCCUAAGGAAAAACAAACAAAUUCCAUUGAUAAUUUGCUUCUACAUUUGAUAAAUUUCGCAUUAUUUUCUCUAUACAGAAAAUCAAAUGUAAAAGAAAAACUUUGAAUACGAAAGGGAAAAGAUAGAAUUUAUUUCAAACAACAUAAAAAAUUAACUUUUUAGGGCAAAGAGAAAAUUUCACACAAGUCAAAUAUAUUUAUACAUUUCGCACUAAUAAUAGAUUAACAGAUUAAUCAGUUAUUCCUUCAAAAUAAGGUACUGCUGUAGAAGAAAGGCUCCUUCUUUUCUCUCUUAGGAGGACUAGCAAAGAAAAAUUUGGAUAUUUUAAUUAGAUACUAAACCUGGAAGAAACAACGGGAGACCAUGUUUUCUAAAGUGCAAUUAACGUUCGGUUCGUGUAGGUAAUCAAUUAAGAAUUUUCCCUUAGCUUUAGGUGGUUUCUCACAUCUUCCGGGUAUAAAACUCCAUUUGCCAGGGUGUCUUUCCUCUUUAGGCCAUAGAGAAUUGACUUUUGUUCGUAAAUUGUCAACAACAUACAAAAAUUUGCACCUGCAAUUCCAUGGAUUUUCUCUAAGGUUUAAAAACUUUAGUUCUUUUAUUCUUUUAAAUAAACAGAAUGAAAAUGUCUCCAAACGGUUAUAAGAGACGUCCAAGUAUUUCAAAUUUUUCAUCUUAUUAAUAUCCAAUGCUCCUGCCUGAAUGUGCUCAAUGUUAUUAUCUGAUAAGUCGAGAAAUUUUAGAUUAAUUAAGUCAUCCAUUGCUCCAACGUCUAAAAGUGCUAAGGAGCCUUCGUGAACUGACAAAACAGUAAGAUUCCUAAGAUUAGAUAAAGCCCUUUUCUGAAGUCGAAAAAAUGAAUUAUGACCCAAGUAUAAUUUUUCCAAUUGUGACAAUUGAUCAAAAAUAAAAGGCUGUAUGUUUUUAAUGCGAUUUCCUCUUAGAUCCAGAUGCUUUAAGUAUUUCAUGGUUUUAAACCAAUCCUUUUCUAUUGAUUUUAUUGCACAGUAUCCAAUAUCUAAAUGUAUUAAAGACUCUAAGGGAAGAAAUAAAUUAGGACGGAUUAUCCAUAUAGGAUUUCCAGAUAGCUUUAAGCUUUCCAAAUUCCUCAAAUCCUUAAAUAAUCCACCUGGUAAUAUAUUCAAUGAAUUAUCACUUAAGGAUAAAUUUUUCAAAUUGUAUAAUCCCUUAAAUAUUUGAUGUCGAAGUUGCCGUAUUUUACACCAUUCCAAAUUAAGUGUUUGUAGAAAAUUUGUUGUUUUUGUUUGAAAUGCUAGAAUAUUCAAACCAAUUUCAAAUGAGUUACCUUGCAAAUCCAACGAUUGUACUUUGUCACCGUCAAAGGCAUAGGCUGGAAGAUGACUCAAGUCAGCAUAUGCAAAAGAAACUAAAGGAAGAACGUAUGGUGUUUUUGGGAGACGAGGCAAAUAUCCAUUAAUACUUCCGCAAAUUGCUCUUUGAAUGAGACCCUUCUCAUUAACUACGCAACGACACAGAGGUGAGGAAUCACAUUGAGUAAUUUUCGAAAAUGAUUUCACUCCGGAACAAAAUAAAAGUAGGAACAGGAGAAGAAUCAUUGUUAUGUUGGCAGAAGAAUCUUGUAGUGUGAGUCAAUUUGCACCUUGGUAUAGGAAAUAAAGGGCUGAUUUAGAGGAGGAAAAACUGUCUUUUAGUUUGGUAAUCUUUUACUGAGAUGUAA